UUACUUCCGUUGACAGCCAUUUUAUAAGACGCUUCUGUGGUGCUCGCGUAUGUUUGCUUCUAUUUUCAGUUGAAGACUCGUUUUAGAAGCCUCGGAAUUUAAGAGAGAUUAUCUGGGAUUUCCUGUGUUGCUUAUUAUCUUUAACAAAUUUCGAAAAUCAUGAAUGCAGAAGAGAUACAAAUUCCAAAUAAUGACGAAAGAGAUCGAAGUAGAGAAAGAGAUCGGAUGAGAAGAUUAGAUAGACAAAACCGUAUCAAUUCUACUAGUCGUGAUAGGAGUAGAGAAAGAAAUGAUCGUGUUGGUAGAAAAGCAUCGGACACUAGGAUUUAUGUGUCCAAUAUACCAUAUGAUUUUCGAUGGCAGGACUUGAAGGAUUUGUUUAGAACACAUGUUGGCAAGGUGGCACAUGUUGAACUUUUUACAGAUGAAAAUGAUAAGCCUCGUGGUUGUGGUAUUGUAGAAUUUGAAGAUGCAGAAUCUGUUAAGGUUGCAGUUGAGAAGAUGCAUCGUUUUGACACCAAAGGAAGAAAAUUAGUCGUGAAAGAGGUAAUUCAAGAGGACUUUGAUGUUGAGCGUGAUAAAUAUGGUCGUUUAGCAACAGCACGUAAUAAUGAUAGACCAAGAGAUGAUAGGUUUAGGGAUCCUCCUCGGCAACAAGGAGUUGGUAGACAAAAUAUGCCUGCACCUAGUGGAGGUGGUGGUGUUGGGGGUGGUGGUGUUGGCGGCGGAGGUGGUGGUGGUGGUGGUGGAGGAGGUGGAGGCGAUAGCAAAUUUGGUAAUACUUACGGGCUAAGUACGCAAUUCUUGGAAUCUUUAGGCAUCAAUGGACCGUUGGUUACAAGAGUCUUUGUAGCAAAUUUGGACUAUAAAGUGGAUGAAAAGAAAUUGUUGGAAGUAUUUAAAUUAGCCGGAAAAGUCUUACACGUUGAGUUGGGCAAAGAUAAGGACGGAAAAUCUCGCGGUUUUGGAGUUGUAGAAUAUGACCACCCUGUAGAAUCUGUACAGGCCAUUUCAAUGUUACACAAUCAACAACUUUAUGAUAGACGAAUGACAGUAAGACUCGAUAGAGCUAACGAACCAGAUAUGCCACCAAAAUUGCCAGAAGGUUUAAAGGGCAUUGGAAUGGGAUUGGGAGCUGGAGGAAAUAGAUUAAUGGAUGUAGCUCGAAACAUUCCUAGCGUACAAGCCAACAAUCCACCUGUUGUAAAUCCAAUCUCUGCUCCUGUUUUGGCUGCUGGUGCUUUCGGUGCUGGAUUAAAUAAUGUCGUGCCUGCGCAAUUAGCAUCUGCAUUGUCAAAUUCAAACGCUGCAGCAAUUCAAGCAAGUCUUGCUGGUGGAUUAGGAGCAAAUUUAACUACAAGUUCUUUGUUAAACUCAUCUUUAACAAAUGAUCUGGCUUCUAAUUUGAACAACUUUGGUGGAGGAGUUGGGGGUUUAUCAGGUUUGCAAGCUUCUUUAGCUGGUGGACAAGGCAAUAAUUCUUUUGCACCAAGAGGCUUGUCUAAAAUGGACAACGACAUAGGAUUCGGUGGUAACAAUGCUUUUGGAAGUUCAUCAUUCGGUGGUGGCAGAGAUUUUGAUGGAGGCUUCAACAGAGGGGAUGGCGAUCGUAUUUCUGGAGGAGGUGGUGCCUUCACAGGUAAUCAAGGACAAGGUGGUGGAGGUAAUCGACAAAAUGCUAAUGGAUCUCGACCAAUGUCAGAUACAAUUCUCAUAGGAAACUUACCAGCUAACACUACAUGGCAGAUGUUACGAGAUAAAUUCCAAGAUGUUGGCGAGGUGAAAUUUGCAGAAAUGAGAGGUACGGAUAUGGGAAUGGUGCGAUUUGUAUCGGAAUGGGAUGCGGAGCGAGCAGUGUCAAUGAUGAAUCGUUCAAGAAUUGACGGGAGGACGAUCGACGUACGCUUAUACUAACGAUAGAAUGACUUGGAAUGGAUUAAAGCUAGAGGAGACUGGAGUUUGCUAUGUCGUCAACAGCAUUGUUCCGUUCCUGAUGACAGUACUUGAAAUUCAUCGUAGUUAUCUGGCAGAGAACUUAGGACAGUGAAUGAUGAUGAGAGAAGUUUUGGUCGUUGGAAAAGAGAGAGAAAGAGAGAGAUAGAGAGAGAACAACUGUUGUGUCGUAUACCUGUUCAACGUUGAAAUGCUCCUAUUGAACGGCUAAUGGUCAGCCUUCUUUUUGACGUGACAAAUCUUGUUCUAAAUUCUACCAGCGUCAGUUCAUCGUUCCUUUUUACAGUCGAACUCUAUUUAAACCGUUCACUUCUAUAUCGGCUUUCUUCGAGUGAUCGACACGUAGUUUAGUUUGUUAGGUUUAGGUUCGUAAUGUUUUCAUACAUAAUCCGUAGGUUUUUUCAGUAUCUAGGAUACAUACUAUUUACAGUAAUUGGUAAAAAGUAGAUUGUAAGUUUAUUUCAUAGUUGUCACACGAUGAUGAUGAGAAUAAGAGAAAGAGAGAGAGAGUGAGAGUGAGAGAGAGAGAUGAUGAUGAUGAUGAUCAAUCGAUUUUCUGACAUUCCGGUCUAAAGUGACGCUCUGGUCGUUCGCAUACAGGUCAACAAAACUGGGCAUGAUAAUAUUUCUUGUAGAGUAUACAUAAUAUUUUGUUUUAAAUCUGCUGCACAACUCUCAAGAAAUUCAACAGUUAAAUUUUUGACAAAUCAAUCUAUAUAUAUAUAUCAGAUGAUAAUCAAAUUUAUUAGUGAUUCGUUGUCCAACAACUCAACUCGUAUAUAGAUAUAGUUAAUAUGUCUAUCGUUUUAUUCUAAUGUCAGUUUCUCUCAUAUCUGUUCUUAUGCCUUAUUAAUAUGUAACUAGAUGAUGUAUCGUGGUUCAACAGGGAACAAUUUCUCCGCUCCGGUUUUUUCAUAUCUUUGCAAUUUUUCUUGUGUAUGUAUAAUAAUAUAUAAUUGUUUUUUCCAUUUUUUUCUCUCUUUUAUUAAUAUUUUAUUAUUAUUAUCAUCAUCAUUAUUAUUACUUUUAUUAUUAAUAUUAUUAUUAUUAUUAUUAAUCAUCCGGAAUUCGGCAGACGUCGCAUUGCUAUAUUGUUGUAAUUAAAUUUUUAGUUGUUGGAUGAUUUAAUGAGCAUAAACGUGUUGUUAUUUCGCAUUAGGAAGGUCCUUUUUUAAUUCACUCACUCUUAGACUUCGGCGAACGAACAUUGGAUGACUUUAUGCCUCUCUAAAGAUUACAAUUUCUUUUUUUACAAUUGUCUUACUUAUUGUGCACAAUAUCAUAUGUUUACCAAAAAAUAUGGCACAUGUUCAUUUAUCAUUUGAAAUGAAUAAAGAAAAGAAAAAAGAAAAAAAA